ACGGAGGGUAAACAUGGCGGCUCAGAGGGGGAGCUCUGUGUGGGAUACGCCGCAAGUGUACAAACAUCAUGAGCAGCGAAACGUUUGUCUCACACGGCCAAAGUAUAGAGAGGGGAGGAGACCAAAAGCAGUUAAGGUGUACACAAUUAAUCUGGAGUCUCGGUUUCUGCUGGUGCAAGGAGUGCCUGCUAUUGGGGUGAUGAAUGAGCUGGUGCAGCUCUUUGCUCUCUAUGGAGUGGUUGAAGAGUACAGAGUACUGGAUGAAUAUCCUGCGGAACAAUUCACUGAAGUUUACCUCAUCAAGUUCCAAAAACUCACAAGUGCAAGGGCGGCCAAAAGGAAUACAGACGAGAAAAGCUUCUUUGGGGGGCUGCUACAUGUGUGUUAUGCUCCUGAAUAUGAGACUGUGGAAGACACGAGAAAGAAGUUGCAGGACAGAAGAAGAUAUGUUAACAGAGCAGGUCAAAGAACAGAUAAAGACUGUGAGCAGGAACAACCCAUAGCGAACCCUAUGACUGCCUGUUCAGAGUCACCAGCUCCAUCAUCUGCUGCAUGUGAAGACAGGACACAUCUUAAGAGAACUCAAGGGGACAGUUCUAGUUCCAGUACUCAUUCUGGCUUUGCACUGUUGCCCUUACCACCCUGUGAAGAGGCUCCCCUGCAAUAUUUGCCUUCUAAAGACUCAUUUCAGUCUUUCAGUGUACAUGGAAGAACUGUAGCUACAGAGGAUAAAAUGGGAUCUUUACAUAAUUUCAUCCCUAGUGCCUCAGACCAUUGCAAGCAGACCUCACCUUCACCACAGUUGAUGUCUUCUGGCUAUGAAGAAAGAGAAAGGACUAAAAGAAACAAAGGUCUUCCAACUAGUACACCAAGGUUUAUUCCAAGGACUGCACAUUUGGAAAACAGGAAAAGGAAAAUGGAGGACAACACAGACUUGUUAGGAGUGGCAGACAAAAAUGCCCACUUGUUUGGACCCAAACUACCAGAACCACCAAAGAUGGACAUGGAAGAUGAUUCAUUAAACAAAACUGCAAACAUAAUCAGGCACACAAUGGCAAAGGUUGCAUCAACUCCAUCUGAGAGAAAGACAACCACAGCAAAGCCACGGCGAAGAAUUUAAUCACAUUUGUUUUGCAGUUGCAACAGCAAUACAUUACUCAGGUCUUCAGUGUACAGUACAUUAUUAUUAUUAUUAUUAUUAUUAUACUGGAGCGUUGGUUUGUUACAAAAUAACAGUUUUCUCCUUUUGUUAUUUGAGUGAUUCAGCGCUCCUGAGGCUCCUGGAAUGCAUGUUGCUCAAAUGCCAGAAUACUCUGCAAUACAAACAUUUACAUUGAACAAAUUUAUUUAUUACUACAUUUUUACACAGCAAAAUCAGUGUCACAUUAAAAGAAGUACGUAGAAAAAUAUUGAAAGACCCCCCCAAGGAGUAUAUAAAUAUUAUUACAUUCACUAUGUGGGAUAUGUCUUUUAUCUUGUUACAAGAACAUUAAAUGAUUGCAACUCA